AUGGCUGAGCCACUCGGCAUUGUCUCUGGUAUUAUAGCCGUUCUCGGAGCGGCUAAGCAGCUUUAUAAAGUCAUUGAAGGCAUUGCAGAUGCGCCGGACGUUCUGGAGAGAGCCAAAUUCGAUGUUCGAAUGACUGUCGAAAUCCUGGAGAGCUUGCACAAACAUCUAGGGGGACCAACCGCCGACAUAGGCCAGCAGUAUCCUGACUUAUCACCGGUCUUGUCGAGGUGUAAGCUCAAAUGUGAUGCUCUUAAGUAUCUGCUGGGCAGAUCGGCAAAGAACUCCGACAAGAUCAGUCUCGGGGACCGAAUGAGGUUGGCGUUGAAGGAGGAAGACAUCGAAGACCUGAGGAUGGACAUUAGCUUGGCUCGAGAGAGCCUCGCGCUCGCCCUUAGCAGCUUGGUUCUGUAUGCUCCAGUUUUAUUCCCGACAAACGGCGAAGUUCCAAGGUUAACUUUCAGCUGUUAUAGUGUCACAUCUACGAAUAGCCAUGAUGCGAUCGAAAGGUACCAGGGCGAGGCCAGCAAGACCAUGCAAGAUAUCACGGACCGGAUGAACAAAAUUCAGAUUACAAUUGAAGUCAUGGGCAAUGACCUUGGCGAGGAGAAAAGAAGAAGGCUUGCCGAUCGAGAUUUGGCUCUUCGUGAACAUCUGAGCCUUUGCCGGGAGAGCGCGAAUAACGUCGAGGAGCAUGCGCGAUAUAAAUCUGAGUUUGGGAAUACCAACGCGGCGCAGGAAGCGAGAUUGUUUGCCGGAAUCGCAACGCAGCAUUUACACGGGGGAGUUGAUCAGAGAUUCGGAGACAGCAAUCUCGGCGCCCGGUCAAUAACUUUCAUGGGCGCUGGCGAUACAGACGCCGUAUUGGGGUUCUUCCAGCAGGGAUCACACCAUGUGGGAGGAAGUGCUGUGUCCGACCAUGGUGCUUCGACACCCGAGGUCAAUCUGACCAGAUGGCCGGCAUACUCUCAGCGAGCUCUGCCAUCCAACGCAGCUGUAUCCGAUUCGGAUAUCGGGAGCGUGUAUCGUGCGGAGGAAGUAUCGGAAUAUGUUGAUAACGAUUAG